AUGAAGACGGCAGGCGUGCUGCUGCUCUUUGCUCUAGCCCUUUGCUGCAUCCCAGAUACUGAUGCACAGGAGGACUACUGCAGUAACUACAGGGUACCCAGCAAUAUCUGUACGAUGGAGUACGUCCCACACUGCGGGUCUGACGGUGUAACAUAUGACAAUAAAUGCUUAUUCUGCAAUGCAUUCCUGUAUGCUUCAGCUCAGAAAAAGAAAUCCUCCCUGGCGAAGUUCCCCAUGACAGAUACUCCCCUAAAGCCUUGUCCUGAACCUUGA